AUGUUUGUCGAUCUCGCCAGUGAGAGUCCGAGGUGAUACAGAAUGAGAGGACUACCCAUCUUAUUGCUGUCGCUGGCGUUGUCUGUCUUUGUGGAGUGUCAGGACAAUAUACCUGAUGUGUCGCUCACUCCGAACAUGCUGAGUGUCAAUGAAGGGGAAGAGGCCAACUUUACAUGCUCCCCACUGCUGGAGGAGGCCCCCGCCCUCCUCAAUACCAGAAACCCUGGCGCCAGCCAGUCACAGUCAAUCCAAAACGACGACUCACGUAUCAGAGUCACUGACAUUUCUAAUAAUGACACUGGAAAUGUGACUCGUAUGCGCGUCUUCACCUGGAUCAAUCCGAUUCUUGAAAACGACCAUCGCAGAGAGUUUUUCUGCCAGAUUGGUUCCUUUGAAUCCAACACCGCCAUUCUCUUUGUCAACCACGCUCCAGAUAUCACCAUCGGUGGUGAGACGGAAUUCACAGUAAUAGCAGGAGCAACCCUCAACGUAUCCAUUACAGUGGAUGGUUGGCCCGAGCCUACGUUGACCUGGACUCGUGAUGGAGCCCGUGUCGACCUCACUCUCUCUAAAUCUGGUCUGAGUCUUCCCUCUGUCUCCCUCGACGAUGCCGGGAUCUACACCCUCAAUGCCACCAACGCCAUGAGCAGUGAUACUGGGAGUUUCACUGUCAUUGUCAGAUCUCUGCCAGUGUUUGAAGUCGGUGAUGACGCGAGAGUGUCUAUUAGAGUCGGUGCUGAGGUCGUUGUAAACUGUGCUGCAAAUGCCUUCCCUCCCAUUUCACCUGAUAACAUCACUCUGACUCUGGACGGCAAAGAGCUGGAACUGGAUUCAAACUUUGUGCAUACGAUAGCCAGUGCCCAGACGAGUGAUGCGGGAGACUACGUGUGCACUGCUACCAACGAACUUGCCACUGAGAGCGUGACAAUCACAGUGGAAAUCGGGAAUGUCCCUGACAAGUGAGCGAUAUCGUAGUGGCCGAGGAGAACGAACGGGUGAUGGUGAAGUGGAAUGCGGGGAACGAUAACGGGGCCCGCAUACUCAAUUACACAGUCGAAGCAAAGUACAGAGAGGAAACUAUAAUGCGGAGUGUCACUGAAACGACUCUGGUACUCACACGAGAGGAGUUGGGAGUGUCCGAGGACGGGGAUAUGUUUCAGCUGACGGUAACUAUAAGAGCUGUGAAUGGAAUCGGCAGUAGCGACCCAGCCUCUGACACGAGCACCGUCACCUUUACAAACACCAGGGGCCCAACAGUGGAAACUGGCGCCGGAUCGCCUGCUCGUGCUCAUGCCACGCAACCCGUGCCAACAAUCCUUGUUUUAGUUGUCUGUUCUGCUGUCUUGUUUUUGUAAAUACCACAGUUUGUAUAGUAGAGUACCAUUUUUGUGGUACGGUUCAUUACUCCAAUUAGUGCACUCCCAAAACAGUGUUUUCUAUUGUAUAUUAUAUACACAUAAGCAGAUUGUUGGGAUAAAAAUGAGCUAGAGGA